AUGGAUUUUGGACGUGGUUAUUGCCCCAAAAGGGGGGAAAUUAAGGGGAAUCGUUUCCCCGGGGUUAAAAUUGGGUUGAAUCAAGAUGCCCUUUUGAUUAUUAAGCUACCUGAUUCGAGGGCUUUAAGGAUUAUGUCACGGUCCUUGUUCUUGGCAAUGAUUCUUCUUAUAUUGCCGUCAAUUGGUUCUAUACUAAGAGGUUCGUCAUUCGACGUAAUUGACGAUUCUUACGUGAUUUCUGAUGACCAGAUGGAUUUCAAUGUGUUGCAUAAUAUUUUUCAUGAUCUGGGAGAUGAAGGCCUUGUUAAAAAGGGUCAUAAAGGCCUCAUUCUGAGUUCUAAGAAUGAUCAUUCUGCGGCAGAUUUGGAAUUGUUGAAUGACAAUGUGGUUAAUUUGGUGCUCGAUUCGGAUAUGGAUGACAAGAAUUCAAUUCCAGAUGAGGCAUUCGAUUUUGCGAUCGCACAGACUAAAUGGAACAGUAAGUUCAUCGAUCGGGUGCUCAAGAUUGGUGGCAUUGUUGUAACUCAACUCAACAAUGAUCCUUUGGCUGAGCUUAAAGCUCUAUCAAACUACAGAAUCGUGUAUAUUCGACGAUUUGACAAGACGAUGGUGGGAAUUAGGAAAGCUGGGGUACUUAAGGAGUUGAAUUGUCCAAAAAAGGACAUUUCUUGUGGAAGGACACCUGAGGCUACGAAAGUUGCAUUGAAAGGAUUAGAGGAUGUGUAUUUAGAGCCACCAAGAAGGGCAUCGAUGAAAUCAUUUCCAAGGAAGAUGAAGUUUCUUCCUGAGUUGUUAGGUGAUUCACUCGAGAAUUACCCACGAAGAGUCUUUAUUUCUGAUGAGAAAAAUGGGGUAGCAGAAUGGUUUAAGAGGAAUUACCCUACAAAUAAUCAAGAUUUUGAGAUGUACAACUUGGAUGUUGAAAUUGAAGAUUCAGAGGAAUCAGGGGACGGAGUACCCUUACUUGGGGCAUCAGAAUGGUUGAGCAAAAGUGUGAAGGAAGAGGACUAUGUUGUGAUGAAAGCAGAAGCGGAAGUGGUGGAGGAAAUGAUCAAGAAAAAGGCAAUAUGUUUGGUGGAUGAGUUGUUCUUGCACUGCGGAAACCAAUUGGAAGUUGAUAAUGAUGAUGAUGGAGAGGAAAAUGGAAGCCACCCACAAAGGAGGGCUUACUGGCAAUGUUUGACAUUGUAUGGGAAGUUGAUUGAUGAAGGGGUUGCUGUGCACCAAUGGUGGAGUUGA